AUCGAGACACGAUGGAACAAGUUAUGCUUUCGGCGGAAUCAGGCACGACAAGCGCAGACAUCGCGUACUCCCAGGGGGUGACAGACCCUGGACUUGAUUCCAUAUUGCGAGCGCGAAGUAUGACUGACUGGCUUGAAUGCCCACCCGUUGAAUACACCAAGUUGAACGACAUUUUGUUCCGGGACUCAUUUUCCAGGCCCAGGGCUCGUAUAGCAUCUCGUAUCCGCUCACCUGUGAUGUAUGAGAAUCUCCCCUCGGAACUUAAUACACUAAGGAGAGGGUUCGAGCAAGAGAAACUCAGGAGCCUCCCACGUACUGCCUCUUACGGAAGUCUCUUGGCUCUCAACUUAAACCUGGCCUUUGCAACAUCCUACUAUAAAGCCGAAAAGAUCCAGACAAUUCGUGGUGAUGGCAGUAAUGGGCUCAACAAUCCGAAUGGCCCCGGUUGGCCUUCACUUGAUGCAAGCAACCUGGGGACAAUGUGGACGCUCGACUCAAAUAACAAUAUGCUGAUAAACCAAAUUUUCCGCGGCUGGCAUCGGCGUGAAGAUUUCACAGAUUUUGGUGAAAAUUUUUCGGUUCCUAGGUUCACUCUCGUCGACUCGAUCUCACAUUUCAGUUCUAUAUUCUGUAUUGGCGGCACGCAGAUCCCUGUGGGCGUUGCGGUUGACAUGGCAUCACGUAGACCAGAGAUCUGCCAGCAGGAACCUUAUCAGCAGGCGGAUGUCAUUGCUCGGCAGGAACUGAUAAAAGCAAGCCUACCAGUCUUAACCCUGAUGGCAAUGGCAAGUUGUCAUAUUGACGCCGGUGGAAAUUUGGUGCGUCAGCCGUUUCCAGAGGCUUUCGUGUUUGGCAUAGCUGUCUUAACCGAAGAAGUAUUGGUCGAAUUGCUUGCCCCGUACUUUGACGAGAAGUCGAAGAACUGGAAGAUAUAUUGCUCUUCUUGUCAUUCCAUUUUCUUUGGCGACCCGACGUUGGCCCGCGCGCGACCACAUUUCCUUUUUGUAAAAUUCCUCAACUUGAUAUCUGGGAUCCAUGUACACCAUCAAAAUGUGGCGCGUACACUGGCCAGACAUGAGUGGGAUGAGCAUGUAUUGGCAGUGUUUUCUAAGCCAUCUUCUGUCAACUAGUACUAGUCACACAGCGACACGUUCGGCACGACAUAUCACAAAAAUUGACUUGGUCCUCGACUGACAACUGAUGGGACUCUUGCUGUGUUGCAUCUGUGUUUCUCCGGUUUAUUGUUAUGCGGACAAUAGUCUACCUGCAGCAAAUUGCCCCCUAGUUCCUCUCAACGUCCACUGUGACUUUCACAUCUUGCAGUCGUCACCAUGCCAAAUAUCAUGCAGGAUUACCUUCAAGAUCUCCACCGAAAGGUCAAGAACUACCAAUAUCCCACUAUCAGAGAUCCAAACCGGACACUCCCCCCGUUCCCAAAGGUCUUCUUUGGGACCAUCUGAAGAAGCUUGGAUUCAUCGAU